AUGUCAUCGACCAAGAUCCUCCUCCCAAACGGCACAGAAUACGAGCAGCCAAUAGGUCUAUUCAUCAACAAUGAAUAUAUCGGAGGAACAGGAGACUCAUUCGAGGUCAUCGACCCGAGCAUUGACAAGCCCAUCCUAUCGUUGAAAGGUGCAUCAACUGCAGACGUUGACACAGCCGUGAGUGCUGCCCGGAAAGCUUUCGACGAAGGGCCAUGGUCAGAGAUCAAUCCGAAGGAAUGCUCGAAGCAGCUCUUCAAACUUGCCGCCAUCAUCGAUCAAAAUCGCAGUCUGAUAGCAGCUAUCGAUGCUUAUGACCUUGGCAAGCCGUACGAGGCCGCUUUGGCGGGUGAUCUGGAUGAAUCUGUCAAUGUGUUCGAGUAUUAUGCUGGCUGGGCCGACAAGAUCGAUGGCAAAUCGAUAGAAACCUCUGUCGAGAAGCUAUGCUACACUGUUCAGGAGCCACUCGGAGUCUGCGCACAGAUCAUCCCCUGGAACUUUCCUUUCAUGAUGUUGGCGUGGAAGGUCGCACCGGCGCUCGCAUGUGGCAACGUGGUUGUGCUCAAACCAGCUGAGCAGACACCUCUCUCCGCCAUGUUCUUUGGCAAGCUCGUACAAGAAGCCGGGUUUCCUCCUGGUGUUGUCAACAUCCUUCCUGGAAUUGGCUCUGUCACGGGCAAAGCACUUGCUGAACACCACGAUGUUGACAAGAUCGCCUUCACAGGAUCAACAGCAACUGGUCGAUCGAUCAUGCGCUCAGCGGCGAGCAAUCUUAAGAACAUCACCCUUGAAUGCGGCGGCAAGAGUCCUUUAAUAGUCUUUGAAGAUGCCGAGCUUGAAAAUGCGGUCCAUUGGGCCCAUGUCGGCAUCAUGGACAAUUCCGGCCAGGUCUGCACUUCGACAUCCAGGAUCUACGUUCAAGAGCGGAUUUACGACUCCUUCGUCAAAGCGUUCACGGCGUAUACGGAGAGGAAUGCUCAUAUCGGUGGACCGUUCGAAGAAGGCGUCACGCAUGGUCCUCAAGUCUCAAGGGUGCAGUCCGACAAGGUGGUGGCGUACAUGGAGCAAGCAACACGAGAUGGCGCAAAGGCGAUCAUCGGCGGCCACAGGCUAGACCGGGAUGGCUACUUCAUUGAGCCAACAGUAUUCGUGAAUGCGGAUGAGAAAAGUACCAUUGUGAAGGAAGAGGUCUUUGGCCCAGUUGUCACCAUCUCGUCCUUCAACACAGAUGCAGAUGCCAUCGCCAAGGCCAACGACUCACCCUACGGGCUGGCCGCCGCACUUUUCACCGAAAAAGUCUCGCGUGCGCAUAGGGUAGCACGCAGACUGAAGGCGGGAAUGGUAUGGAUCAACUCGAGCGGUGACUCUCAUUAUGGCAUCCCGUUUGGUGGGUACAAAUCGAGUGGGAUAGGGCGAGAGCUGGGCAGUUACGCGCUCGACGCAUAUACGCAGACGAAGGCCGUGCAUGUCAACUUGGCGAUGUAA